GGCAUAUGAUUUUCGAAAUCAUUUUGGCUAUGUAUGUGCUCUACAGGAACUAUACCGAAGGAUUGAAGCUCCAGCUUUUAAUUAUCCGGCUGCAAUGAAAGCAAGAAGAUUAGUCAAUGGUCUCCUACCUGAAUUACAUUUAAUGGUGAAACGCAGUUUGACAACGCGCAACAUAUAA